AUGCUGACGGCCAGCUGCCAAGUCGGGUUGGCCACCGUCGGGCUGCUCAUCCUACUGUAUCCAAAAGGAGUGUUCUCCAUAAUCUGCUACGACUGCCAUGCCGAGCAGGGGACGUGUAAUGAGGGAGAAUGCGAGGGGGCUGUGUGCAUAAAAAUGGAGACCAGCAACAAACAGGAUGAGCGAAAAACUAUCACGAAAACGUGCGGCGACGAGAUGGAGGAGGUGGCCUGUCAACAAAGUGGAUUUGGCAGUAAAUGGACGUCAAGAUGCGUCUGCCACACAUCACUUUGCAACGGAGACGACGCAUUAGCCGAAGCCGGUCUAGAACCGUCUUCCGCCGCCCCGCCAGCCGCCUCCACCACCCAGUUCGCUCUAAUGGUCGCCAUUCUGGUAAAUUCACUUCGCUGCAUGUCAACAUUCAGAUUUUCGUCGGCGCCAGCUGUUCGCUACUUC